AUGCCUGAUGCCGGGGCCGACGAGGCCUUGGAAGCCGCCAUGGAGACGAAGCCACUGCUCCGCGAGGAUGCGCAGAAGCUGAUGUCCAAGGUCUUCUGGAGCAUCGCCCUCAUCGCUUGCUCUGCAGCACUGAUCACUUACAACAAGUACCUCAUCCAUCCGACUCGGUUUCCAUACCCGGUGGUGCUGGUGUAUCUGCACAUGGUUGGGGGCUCCUUCCUCAGCUGGAUCCUUCUGCUGAUAUGCCCUGGGCUCUUCCCUGCCCUCACGGACACGGAGAAGAAGGUGGGCGUGAGCGCGCGCUUCCUCACACGGCGAGUACUGCCGGUAGGCUUGCUGUUCACCACGUCCCUUGUCCUCAGCAACACGGCGUACCAGUACGCCAGCGUCGCUUUCCUCCAGAUGGUGAAGCAGAGCAACGUGAUCAUCGUCUUCGUGUUUUCGCUAAUGCUUGGACUCGAGAAGUUCCGGGUGCGUAUGGCCCUGGUCUUGCUGUGCGUCAUGGCCGCCACGACCUUGACCGUCCGGGGCGAGGUGAAUUUCUCGCUGACCGGGUUCCUCGUUCAGCUGUCCUGCAACUUCGCGGAGUCCGCGAAGGUGGUCUUGCAAGGCGUCCUUCUGGCGGGUGCGGGCCGGAAGCUGGACCCCUUGUCUUUCGUGGCGCUGGUGUCGCCCAUGUGCGCCUGCUGCCUCGGAGGCAUCCUCCUCCUGCAGCCACGCGUUCACGCGCUGUCAUGGAUUGCGAUGCCUGCUUGGGACACUCUCCACGCUUGCAGCUUCCUUCUGGCAGGCAACGUGCUGUGCGCCUUUGCGCUGAAUCUGGUCAUCGCGAACUACCUGAAGCAUGGCUCUCCGCUGGCAUUCCUCUUGACCAACCUGGUGAAGGAUGCCAUGAUCGUGAUAGUGAGCACCGCCACUUUUGGCGACCAUGUCAGCCUGCAGCAGAAAUGCGCCUUCAGUGCCCAGCUGACCUUCAUUGCGAUUUGGUCUUGGAUGAAGGCAAAUCCGGAUCUCUUCGACCGCCAGGGCUUCUUGGGCGGCUUGCUCGGCACGUUCCGCACCACCUCGGCCGCGCACGAAGCGUAG